AUGGGUAACGCUCACUCUCCUCCCACUGAUCCUCAAUACGUUUCAUCAUCCAGAGCUUUCACUCAAAAAGGGCUUCAAGACUUAAGAUCACUCUUCAAUUCCUUAGCAUCUCAAUCACAGAGCAAUGGGAAAUUUAUUUCUCCUUCAGUUUUUCAGUCAUAUUUCAAACUCCAUGGCCCUAUUGGAGAGAGGAUGUUUGAUUUAGUUACUCAGGAGAGGAAGGAUCAAAAGUUAACUUUUGAAGACCUUGUUAUUACUAAAGCUACUUAUGAGAAAGGAACAAAAGAUGAAAUUGAAGAAUUUAUAUUUCGCUUGUUAGAUGUAUCUGGGGAUGGUUUUGUAGGGAGGUCGGAUUUGGAAUCAGUUAUGAAUGCUAUCUUUACCAAUAUGUUAUGCAAAGAAGGUUCUGAAUUUGGAUCAAGUUCCCAUCAAGAUAUUGUCAACAUAUUUCUGAAUGCUGCCAAUUUCUCCAUACAUGAUGAAAAUUGCACUGAGGAGGCUAUGUCUUUUGAAGAUUUCAGAAGUUGGUGUUCUCAUCUGCCAACUGUGAGGAAGCUUCUUGGAAGCCUGCUUUUGCCUCCUGAUUCAGGACGACCGGGUACUCAAAUUCCUAAUCUACUGACUCCAAAGGAUAUUGAUUCUAACACUGUACUUUUGAGAAAGGAGUAUGCUUGGCAUAUAGGAGGAGCACUUUCUCAGCACGAGCUGGAAGAUUGGAAGCUUUUGUAUCAUAGUUCUGUUAAUGGUCUUAGUUUCAGUACAUUCUUGGGCAACAUUUCAAACCACAAAGGCCCAACUGUACUAAUUAUUAAGGAUAAAGAUGGUUAUAUAUAUGGAGGAUAUGCUUCUCAACAAUGGGAGCGGCAUGCUGAAUUUUAUGGAGACAUGAAAUGUUACCUUUUUCAACUAAAUCCAAAGGCAUCUAUAUUUAGGCCGACUGGAGCAAACAAUAAUCUACAAUGGGUAAAAAUCUGCUUCUUUCGAAUAUUCUAA